AUUAUUUGGGCGAAUUGACGUGUGGACGAUUUGUCCGGUCACUUCUCAGAAUCCAAAAUGGCGACAGAAUAUGACGAACCGAUAUCAGAUCAAGAAAGAGUGAAGAUAGCAUCUAAUUUUAUUCGUCACGCCCCUCCAGGAGAAUUUAAUGAAGUAUUCAAUGAUGUUCGUAUUUUGUUAGAUGAUGAUAAUUUAUUAAAAGAAGGAGCAGCAGGGGCAUUUGCUCAAUAUAAUAAGGACCAGUUUACACCAUGUAAAGUUGACGGGUCAGAAGAACAGGCUUUAAUAACAGAACAUGGUGAUAAAGGUAGUGGACAAUUUUUAGAUCCAAGAACCAAACAAACAUUCAAGUAUGAUCAUCUACGUAAAGAGGCAAAAGAUUUUCAAUCUGGAGAUGUGGACCAAAAGGCUGAACCGUGGAGAGCAGCUUUAGAAACGGUUUUUACUCAAUAUGUUCACAGUCAUUAUUUGUACGGUGCUAGCUCAGUGUACGGUUCAUAUUCCGGAGGCAAUAUAACAUUGAUAGCUUGUAUAGAAACUCACCAAUUUAAACCAGCUAGCUUCUGGAAUGGUAGAUGGCGUUCCCAAUGGUCUGUUACAUUCCCAGAAUCUGGUGGUUCCGCCGAGGUCACUGGCCUUGUUAAAGUUCAGGUUCAUUAUUAUGAAGAUGGUAAUGUUCAACUUGUUAGUUCCAAAGAUAUAAAAGAUACAGUCAAUAUAUCUACGGAACAACAGACAGCUAAAAGUUUAGUAAAUAUAAUUUCUGCUGCUGAAGGCGAAUACCAAAAAGCCUUGUCGGAAAACUACCAGACCAUGUCCGAUACAACAUUUAAAGCUCUACGACGCCAACUUCCAGUAACACGUACCAAGAUAGAUUGGAACAAAAUCAUUAUAUCAGGCUACAAGAUAGGAGGGGAGCUUAAAAACGCUUAAAUCAUGAUAUUUUUGUCAUUUGUAUAUUUCAACCGAUUACGAAUUAAUAAUUCCUUCUGCUUUUUUUUCUUUUCUUCUUGUAUAAAAUAUUUUAUUUUCUAAUUUAGGUUCUUUCAUGUUGACAAAAACAUAGCGAUUUUUAUUUUUACCAGAAUAAUGUUAAGCGAUAUUCAUUGAAACGUAACUUCACAAGAUUUUGAUCCAAGCUUAGAUUAAAAUUGAAGUCUAAAGAAUAGCUAUAUUAUUAAUGCCCGAAUUUUGUUUAUGCCAAAUUAAAAUUUUAAUUUAUUCAAAUUCAAAACAAAAGUAGAAUUCUCUUGUAAAUAUUUUUGAAUCUUGUGUGACAGUGCAUCAAUAUCUUUGCUAGACAAAACAAGGCCAGGUCCCAAGUGGUGGUUUUACUUUCAAGUUAUGAUAGGAAAUUGGUGAACUAUGAAAUAAGUGCUUCUAUCAUGUGAGAGAUAACUCUCCUCACAAGGCCAGUUCUCAAGUGGUAAUCUAUUUAAUUUGCUUUUAAGUCUGGUACUUAUUUCAAUGAAUUAUUGAGCUUGAGUCAUGUAAUUAAAAUAUGAAUAAGAAUAUAAUUUGCUUGUUAAACUGUUUUUGUCAGCCCAAUAUUGAGUACUAUUAGCUGUAUAUAUAUAUAAUAUUAAUAAUGAAAUAAAACAACCAUCUUCACAUAG